AUGUCAGCCACAGCUUCUCUGGAUUCUUCUAAUGUUACUUCUCCAGCGAAGAAGAAAAGCAAUAAGAAGAAGAAGAAUGCCAAAUCAAAAUCAAAUGGAGAGAUCCCUCGGGUUCAAGGCCAAGGAAAUGAUCUCAACAUAAAAGUGGCAGGUGAAGAAGGGGAUCCAGAGGAAUCCGGACAAUCAACUGUGACGACUCCGAAAGAUGCCCUUUUUCCAGCAAACAUCCAUUCGCAGACGAAUGGGCUCAAAAAUGACUCCGCAAGUAAUGGCCACACCAUUGCGCCAACAUCACCUAGCACCAAGGAGGUAGAAGGGUCCUCUGAAAUCAACGGAUCGGAUGCAUCGGAUGCAAGUAUUCGACUGGAAGCAAUGACGGCAGAACGUCAGGCAUUGCGCGCCGAAGUGGAACAAUUACGAAAAUCCCUCGAGGUCAUUCAGGGUAAGCAUACAGAAGAGGAUUCAACAGCCAAAGGCCAAUACUCCGAAAAUCUAUCGACCGUCGAAGAAAAGUACAAAGAAGAGAUCAUCGCACUAAAGAGUCAAUAUGCGGAGGAAAUUUCUACAGUCCGGGCGGAAUUGGAAGAGACCGAAUAUUCAAGAGAAAAUUGGGAAUCUCAAUAUCAUACAUUACUUACGCGCGUCAAUACGAUCAAAACUACUUUGGGAGAACGAUUAAAGGCAGAUAAAGAGGAAUUGGCGGAAGCCAAUGAGAAAAUUGAAGACUUAGAAUCACAAAAUGAUUCAUUUCAGAGUACUAUUCAAGGAUUGGAGGAUGAGGUAUCGAAACUACGGAAUGAAUUAAAUGAAUCUUCCAAGGAACUCUCGAGUAUGCGGAAUCGCAAUAACUUAUCACAACAAAACUGGGUGCAUGAAAGGGAUGAUUUGAUUCAACAGGCUAAACAUCUCAAAGAAGAAGCUGAUGCCGCAAAAGAAGCCAUGGGGGAUUGGGAGGUUCUGGCUAUGGAGGAGAGAUCUAUCAGGGAGAAUAUGGAGAGUAGAGUGUCUGAUAUGGACGAACAAUUCUCUACUCAAAAAGAAGCCUACGAAGCAGCAGUCGCUGAACGAGAUGGCCAGUUUCAGACAGUUGAUGGCUUACAACGAGCUUUACAGGAGAUUCAAGAGACUCGGAGACGAGAACUUCGAGAGAUGGUCGAAAGCUAUGACGAGCAAAUUCAAUCUCUUAAGAAAAUCGUUCAGGAUUCCGAUUCUCGAUGCAUUGAUGCUGAAACUUCGGAAAAAGCUCUCAAAAUAGAAUUGGAUCGGCUUCUACCGUUUGAAAAGGAAGUGAAGGAAAAGAAUUUGUUGAUUGGUAAACUUCGUCAUGAAGCCAUCGUAAUCAAUGAUCACCUCACAAAAGCUUUGAGAUUUAUCAAGAAGUCGAAAGUGGAGGAUAACGUUGAUAGACAAGUCGUCACAAACCACUUCCUACAUUUCCUCUCCUUGGAUCGUUCAGAUCCAAAGAAAUUUCAGGUUCUACAAGUCAUUGCCUCUUUAUUGAACUGGACGGAUGAACAAAAAGAGCAAGCAGGCCUAGCCAGGCCCGGUGCUUCAAGUAGUAAUUUACGCCUACCCAUGUCACCAUUCCACCGAACACCCAGCACCCCAUCAUUAUCCACAGAAUUCUUCACCGAACCUUCAAGCACCCACAGGGAAUCAUUAUCAGAACUCUGGACAGGAUUCCUAGAGCGAAGUGCAGACGAAGGAAGUGUCAAGGAGAAAGAUUCCAGGAGUGGCAGCGUAAGCAGUUCGACUGCUCCCGCCACCAAAUAG